CAUAGCAUAGCGACGGAUGGAUGGGGGGUUUCUUUUGCUCUCUACUGUUUGGUACAUUAUGCUCGGCGUUUUCUCUUUUUCUCUUUUUCUCUUUUUGCUUCUCUGUUUUCUCCGUGUCCUCCGGUUUCGUUUUUUCCUCUCGUUAGAUGUCUCUUUUGGGGAAAUUUUGAUUCCUUUUCUCAGCAGGUACUUCUUUCUCGCUGGAUCACUGUAUGUAUGUGGGAGUUCUUUUCUUUACAUUAAUUUUUUCUUUCUGCCUUUCUGUCUGGCUUCACGACGCGAUGUUUGUAUUGUAUAUUAGUUUUUUUUCCCUCUCUUCUGUCUUUAUUUCGCUGUGUGAGGCAUGGUAUGGAAUGGCAGUGCUUUCUGCGAUUCUGCGAUCAAAAAGAAGGCGCGAGGUUUUUCGCUCAUCGUUCAUUAUCGAGGUUGCGGAUACAGAGGUUUGUUAAUGGGUGUGGUAUUGGCGGUACAUAAAGAGAAUCGAAACGGGCUUGCUUGUCAUGGCCAGCCAGCCUUUUGUCGCUGUGGACUGCGGGAGGCGUACAUACGGGUGUGAGGUGAGGUGCGGGUGAGGUGAGGUGCGGGUGAGGUGAGGUG